AAAAAAAUGUCAAAAUCGAUUAUUUACCGACCAGCGACAGUUGCUGAUAGAUGUGAGCUUCAAGAGCUGUUCAACACGCAUUAUUAUCAAAAUGAACCGAUUACUGUUGGAUGGAUUAAUAACAAUCCAGUGCCAGAAGAUUUAGCAUCAACACUUGAUGUGCUUGAUGAAAAAAUGAGCAUUGUUGCUGCUGAUGAAGCUACAAAUCGGAUUGUUGGUGCAUGUAUAGCAGGUGUUGAUACACAAAUUGACAUAGAAAAUAUAAUUGACGAGGCAAAAAAGACAGCGAAUAAAAAAUGGACUCAAUAUCUACAACUUUAUGCUCGAAUCAGGCUUGAAUCUAAUAUUUUUGAAAAAUUCAGCGUAGAUGAGUCAUUUCAUGUCCACGCACUUGUUGUCGAUGCAAAUUACCAAAAUAAUUCCAUUGGCACAAAAUUGAUGGCAAAAUCCUUCAAACUUGCUGCAUCUUUGGACUACAAAAUUUGUUCCGUCAAUUGUUCCAGCACAUACACGAGUAAAAUUGCCACUAAACUUAAUAUGCAAUAUAUUGGUCCCAUUGCAAUAGACAGUGUGAUGGAUGAGGAUGGAAGACGAUUAAUUUAUCCACCGGAACCUCACACUCACAUCAAUUCGUACGCAAAACGUCUGUCUAAUGAUGACUAAUCGAGUGUAAAUUCAUGUCAAAAUAAAAAGAAGG